AUGCCGUUGACGUUCUGCCCCAAUUGCAGCAAUGCGCUGACGAUUUCCCGUGGAGAACCGACUCCCAGACACCCUCUGGGCGUGAAUCGCUUCGAAUGCCGGACCUGUCCAUACCAAUACAACCUCGAACAGAGCUACUUCGAAAAGACCCCUAUGAAGCAGAAGGAGGUGGAGGACGUCUUUGGAGGCAAGGAGGAGUUUGCCAACGCCGACAGCAUGGCCAUGUACGACAUGCGGUGCUCGGUGGAGAGAGAACUGAGUGCCCCUCUUCCUCCUUGCGCGAACGCGAUCUUAUCGGGCGGAUGGUGA